AGUAGCAUGUGAUCUGGAUUACAGCGGGCCCCACUAUUAGAACCUUCACACUACACUUCAUCGCACAACAUUAGAAUCUUUGUUCAGUUAUCCCAGUACCCGAUUGAGAGCUGAGAGAAGUGAAGCGAGCCCGAGCAGGCAGCAUGGUACAGGUGACAGUUAGCAGUCUGGACGGGUGCCAGGUGAAGCAGGAGCUGGACAGCACUGAGCUGGUGUCUGCCCUGCACCAGCUAGUGCUGCACAAACUGGACACUCCGCAAACUAUCGACACUACCCGCCUUAUUCACAUCUCAGGACGUUCACUGGACGGAGAGAAGACGUUACAAGAGGAGUUGAUAAAAGAGAAGGAUGAGCUGAUCCUGAUUAGGAGGAGGUUAAAGGAGCCGAGUGAUAAUACCGAGAAGGAUACACCUGUACCUGAGGUGCCAGAUAACGUGAUAGAGGAAGUGAUAAAGUCGCUGCCAGAGAAAGACAACACUGGUAAAUCUGGGGUUACAGAGAAACUACCUGAGUCCAACAACAUGGCACACGUGCUGCUCACUAGGAUCAUAGUUACUCUGGUGGACUGCGCUGAGAUGCUGCAGUUUGACAGACUACAAGAGGACAGUAACGAGGUCAUGUUUAAUGAUGAUGACGUCACCCAGAUUGUUGACUUGGGUUUCACGGACGAGCAAGCCAAAGCGGCCCUGGUGGCCAAUAACUACAGUCUAAACUCUGCCAUAGAGUGGAUAUUAGCUGGACAUCACAACGGGUCUGGAGGGUCAGGAGGAAGCCACAGGAACAGACCUAGACGCAGACGAGGUAGAGUGUUUAAAGCAGACCAGAACUGUGUGAGGAACCUUGUAGAGAUGGGUUUCCCUGAGGGAGAGGUUGUAGCUGCUCUGGAGGUCACUAGGAACAACCAGCAGGAGGCAUGCAGCUACCUUCUUGGAGACAGACACGAGCCUACAGGAUCUAACGACAUGUACACCCCGUUGCCACGCGACCACCCUCUCUACAAGCUGGUAAUGGAGCGUAGUGAGAUUCAGAAAGCGCUCCUCACCCCUAAGUUCCUGGACGCUAUGCGGGAUCUGGAGGAGAAGAAAGCUACCAUUGUGGACUUUAGCGACGAUCCUGAAAUUGGACCUAUACUUUUUCAGCUGAGUAAAGCUAUUCAGAAGUUUUCGUCCCAGUCGUGAGGUUGAGUAGUUUUCGUUUAUUAUCCAAUUUACUUGGCUGGCCAAACAAAUAACUGAUGACAAAACUUUUCAAUUCCAUUUGGAAAUUAUGAUAUUAACGCCCGGUGGGAUUUUUUGGUAUAGGUUUUUUUUCGAGCAUGGAUAUAUUUAACUGUUUAUUUGUAAAUUUAUACUUAAUUGAAUUUCAGUUUGAUUUAA